AUGGAGGACAUGGUAUACACUAACAAGGUCCAGACUGCUGUUUUCCCGACGGAAAUCUUUGACCUAGUCAUCGAUGAUUUAGCGGCAGCGGAGAAUAGGAAAGACCUUCUGGCGUGUUCACUUGUAUCCAAAUCCUUCCACUUUCGGGUCAAACAUCAUUUGUUCGCGACUCUACAGCUAUUGGGUGGUCCGCAAUUUCAAUCCGAGUACAACCGGAAACAAAAAGGAUGGCUGCAAACGUUGCUCAACCUCUUGGGGGAAACGGAUCGGCUUGGGACGGCGGGCACUGUUCAAACAUUGGUAUUGGGGAACAUAUUCAAGGAUGUUGCUCAGCUUUUCCGACCCUGUUGGCUGCUCAUGGAUCCUACUGUACCAUCAAUUCUGCAGAGACUCAGCGGGGUCAGAAAAUUCGUGUUCAAAAACGUGAUUCGCACAAUUCGGUGGGGCAGCUUUAGCGAGGAACUGUCAUCCUCUAUUUUGAGACUAUGCGCUUCCCCCUCACUGACGUCUCUUGAGCUGCAAAACAUUACUCGUCUUCCUUACAACCUUCUUCCCUGCUCUUCCAACCUCGAAUCUUUGUCUUUGAUAUAUACUGCUAUAGUCUGGAAACCCACCGAAGAAGACUUUAUUUUGUUCCCGCCAAACUUCGAAUUGGUAUCACUCAAAAAUUUGCGCAAUUUAUCAAUUACUAUUGGCGCACCAUUUACCAAUAGCGAGGCAGAAUGUCGUCUGGUCCUUCCAAAUCUCUGCCAAAUGCUUCGCAUCGAUAAAUCGUACUCUAGCCCUAUUGAGGUUCUCAAUAUCACCAUCGGAUACGAAAUCCUAUUCGACUGCGACGACAACGGUUCCAUAGAUGCCCCCAAUUCACGAAGCCGUCUGGACGACCUUGACGCUGUUUUGUCUAACCCCAAAUUUUCCCACCUCAAGACCGUAAACUUGAAUAUUGCCUGCAAGAGACUGGGACAAUCUCUCGACCCCAAGCUCCAAAAACAUAUCCAGCUACACGCGGAAAACAUUCUUCCGGACCUUCGCUCCAUGUCAUCAAUCACAUUCUCAAUGAAGUUGACGGAUUAUGUGUUUUAG